UUACAAUACUUUGAAUAUCACCACUGCUAAAGCUGUCAUAAAAUACAAGCGUGGACUCGCGGACUGCCGCAUCGAAAGCAUUAGAGGGUAUUCAUUUUGUGCACGCUGUCAAACACAAUAUCACGCCUUUAUCCAACGCAAGUGGCUGAACGUGAAGCACGCGCUACUUACUGUUGCAAACGUUGCGAGUGACCAGUGAAGAACCGGUGAAGAAAGCUGUGAUUUCUAUCAAAAGUUGAGAUUGAAAGAGCGUUAGCAAUGCCCAAGGACACGAUAACCAAGGUGCAGGAGUACAAGGACUCGCUGAUCACUAAAGCGGAGACUCUGAUCACGAAAGGCUUUCCCGAGAAAAUCGUCGAACUGAAUGAACUACUAUCCACCGCCAUGUUCAACGAGCGCAACUUCAAUGAGGUGCAUCAGGAUUUAAACAUUCCGGUCAUGGCACCAAUUUUGCUUAACAAUCAUGACAACGACGGCAAUGCUAAUGAUGAUCAUCCCAUGCCCAAGCGGGCGCGUAAGGACGACGUCUCCGGUACCGCCGUAUUGGGCUUACCCGCUGGCACGGUGCCCUGCAACAAGCCGCUCUGCGAAAUGAUCAAGGUGGUCAAACCGAUCAUACGUAAGCUGGUCGAGGACUCGAACCUACUGAAAAUGUGGAUUUCCUUUAUGAUUCCCAAAAUUGAGGAUGGCAACAACUUUGGCGUUUCAAUCCAAGAGGAUACACUGGCCGAAAUCCAAACAGUUGAGUCUGAGGCCGCUGCUUUCUUCGACCAGAUAUCCAGAUACUUUCUCUCUCGGGCCAAGGUUGUCUCAAAGGUGGCCAAGUACCCGCACAUCGAUGACUACAGGCGUGCGGUUGUCGAGCUAGACGAGAAGGAGUAUCUUAGUUUGUGGCUGGUGGUGUGCGAGGUGCGCAAUCGCUACUCAUCGCUGCAUGAUAUAGUUAUAAAGAAUCUGGAGAAGCUGAAGAAGCCGCGCUCUUCGAACACUGAGAGCUUAUAUUAGAGACGCCCAUUUAUUAUUAUUUGUUUCUUCAAGUUAACAACAGACCACACGCCUCCUCCUCCUUAAAACAAAAUAGGAAGCCAACCGCAUCCCAAACCGCAACAGCAUCCCAUUCUGGAGACCUGGUCCCAUCAAAGCGGGGAUCAUACAGUUAAACUAAACAGUUAAAAUACACUCGAAAUUUCCAUAAGAAA